AACCUCCUCAUCCUUUCGAGCGACUGCAGCCGAAGAGAAUCGCCUCCUCCGUUCCCUCGAAAUCUCGCCGGACCGCCUCCUCAUCUGCCGGAAACGAUGUCCUUCGGAGAGCUCGCCUGCAGCUACGCCGUCUUGAUCCUCCACGAUGAUGGCAUACCUGUCACCGCGGAGAAGAUCGCCACUCUGGUGAAGGCCGCCAACGUCAGCGUCGAGUCCUACUGGCCCGGCUUGUUCGCCAAGCUCGCCGAGAAGAGGAACGUCGAGGACCUCAUCAUGAACGUCGGAUCCGGCGGUGGGGCCGCCGCGGUCGCCGUCGCCGCGCCCGCUGGCGGCGCCGCCCCCGCCGCCGCCGCCCCGGCCGCGGAGGAGAAGAAGGAGGAACCUAAGGAAGAGAGCGAUGACGACAUGGGAUUCAGCUUGUUUGAUUAGGAGCAUUUUGGUCUGCUAGAAAUUCUAUUGGAGUGGUCUAUUACUUUUAAAUUUUGUUUAGUUUUACAAAGUUUGUCAAGCUGUGUACUUUUGACAAUUAGUCUCAAACUUAAUGUUGGAUCAUCCUAUCGGCAAUCGUUUUCUCUACUUUGUAUGACUGCUUGAUUUACUUAGUCAUGAGAAUGGGUGAAUUUCAUGUCAAGACAGUUUUGCUCCUAAGAUGCCAUAAAUCCAGCUGAUUAUAUAUCUAA